AUGCGGGUCUCCCUCAUUCCGCCGCCAAGAGACAGCAAAGAAGGCGGUGACGCGCCAUUGUUGCGCGGCGCGGAGCUAGGCACCCGCGGCGUUCCCAGGGAAACAGUUCAAAUUUGUACCAAAGACAGUAUGAGACCUUUGUAUGUUGAAACAGAAAACAAAAAAAUAUCCUAUGAGGUCUCUGAUAAACUGAAUAUAAUCAGACAAGUCAUUGGUGAGCUAACCAACACGCCAAUAAAUAUUGCAGAUUAUAUGAAGUGGAAAGUCCUGAGCCUUACCAACAAACUCGCAGUACAUCCUGCAACUAUCCGCUACUAUCUGCCUCAUCUCCAGAAACAUGAAGAUGCUAUUUACCCAAAUGUCAUAGCUGGACAAAAAAGGACUGGGGUAUCCCUAGUAAUUGGUAUAUCAACAGUGCGAAGAAAAAUGGGAAAUUAUUUGAUGAGUACAUUGAAUUCCCUUUUCGAUGGAAUGUCUGAAUAUCAGAAGAAAAAUUGUGUGAUAGUUGUCCUUAUAGCAGAGAUGGACUCAACAUGUGUUAAUAGCAUUGCAGAAAGCAUUAAAAGAAGCUUUCCACUUGAAGUUCUUUCUGGAGAUCUGGAAGUUAUUUCUCCCCAUGAAUCCUUUUACCCUGACUUCUCCAAUCUUAAGGAAACAUUUGGGGAUUCAAAGGAUAGAGUGAGGUGGAGAACAAAACAGAAUUUGGAUUAUAGUUUCUUAAUGAUGUAUGCCCAACAAAAAGGAACAUUUUAUUUACAGCUAGAAGAUGAUAUUGUGGCCAAGCCUCGCUAUUUAGAUAUAAUAAAUGAGUUUAUUGAACAAAAGAUAUCACAAGAAUGGAUAGUUCUUGAGUUUUCUCAGCUUGGAUUUAUUGGAAAAUUAUUCCGAUGCAAAGACUUACCACUGAUAGUAGAAUUUUUUUUAAUGUUCUACAAAGAUAAACCAAUUGACUGGCUUCUAGACCACUUAAUUUGGGUUAAAGUUUGUAAUCCAGAGAAAAAUGAAAAACACUGUGAAAGCCAGAAGUCUUAUUUACGCAUCCGUUAUAAACCAUCUCUCUUUCAACAUGUGGGAUUUCAUUCUUCUUUAACUGGAAAGACACAGCAGUUGACAGAUGGAGAUUUUGUCAAAACAUCAUUAUUUAAAGAACAUGUCAACCCUCCUGCAAAAGUGAAAACAAGCCUAAAAGUAUUCCAGCAUUUUACUCUAGAAAAGGCUUACAAUGGAAUAGAAAUAUUUUGGGCUUUUGCUCCUAAAGCUGGAGAUUAUAUCUUGUUCAGUUUUGAGGAGCCAUUGAAAAUAAUAAGAUACUUAUUUAGAAGUGGAAAUACUGAGCAUCCUGGAGAUAUACUGUUUAAUGCUACUGUAGAGGUUUUACCCAGUAGGGGUAUUGACUUACAGUCUGUAAGAAACAGUGCAAACAACAUUAACAUCAUAAAAACUUGGGAUGGAUAUUUUCAGAUAGAUAACUUUGAAAAUGGAGUAGCAGAGGGUGCCAUUGGCCCAUUUUUAGGAAACAUCCAAGCUUUUCGUUUGUCUAUCCAUUCUAGUUCUCCCAAAUGGAUACUAUUGAGUGAGGUAGGUAUAGAGUGUCAUGAGAGCAUUGUGAUCAUUAGCCUACCAUCACCUUAA